UGCGCGGGCACCUUGCGCGGCACCUUGCGCGGGCGGCACCUUAGGCAACGAAAAAAACGUUGUGUUUUUUGGGCCAUGGAGCAGCCUUUACAAAUGGCUGAGCCUGAGCCUGAUGAUGUCCCCUACUGUCGGCAGAAGGCCCGUUGCUGCUGUUGUAAACCUCCCAGGUGGACGCACUGUCCCAUUUGUUUGCUGGUUUUCUAUGUGCUGCUGAUGCCUGCCAUUUACGUCGUGGCCCACUUCUUGGUGUAUCCUGGUGACGACUACGCCAACGUCGAUGGCUCACUCUACGGCGCCAGCUGCAAGGUUUUCAACUUCACGGGGCGCAAUGGACCCGUGGCGGCGGAACAGUGCGUCAGCGCUGCAAAGGGAACGACCUCGGGCCCGGUGCCGGUGGUGGCCUUUGGCGGCAACGGCAUGAACAUGUAUGACACCGUCGAGUCAGUGUUGGACUUUUUGCCAAAGGACCAGCAGUGGGAGGUCUAUUCAUUUUCCUUCCCUGGGUCUCAAUAUGCCCCGCGGAGCGGCUGGACAACUGAACGCCGCACUGAAGCAGAUGCUCUGGAUUUGCUACAGCAUAUCAGUGCCAAGAAGGAGCAAAAGAUUGUCGUCUUCGGUUGGUCACUGGGCUCUUCAGUGGCCGCUUUCGUGACCAGCCAAAAACCCGACCUCGUGCAGUGUGUGAUGCUGGGGAAUCCCUUCACCAGCAUUCGAGAUGUGGCCCUUUCUUGGACCUACAACUUCGCUGCCCUCUAUCUGUACCUGUUGGACACGUGGCCCACGAAGGCUUUCGCAGCGAACUUUGGGGUUCCGAGCAUCGUGAUGUCUUCCCUGGAAGAUCAAGUCGUGCCGGUGUGGAUGCACGGUGAAAUCUACAAGCAGGUGCCAGUCUCUGAGAAGUUGUUGGUAGAGCUGCAGGUAGGACACAUGGACAUGUUCAUGUUCAGACAAGAUACAGCGAAAGCCAUCCACCAGUGGUGUGUACCCAGCUCCACUGAGCACAGGCUUAUAUGAGUCUGGCCGUCCUCGAAAAAAGAGACAGUCGCCAGGGGCGUUGUGCCG